CAAGGGUCGAAAGUACAAGUGGUUUGCUUCUUCAUGUUAUACUUUCACCCCGUCCUAAAACACUGAAUAGCACUAUGAUUUCCAUCACCAAGUUGCCAGGGUCGAGGUCCAGAGAGCAUGGGUUUCUCGGAAUCGAACGAAAGCAAAAAUUGGAUGAUUCGAAUACUAGUUCAAGCCUUGAUGAGAACUGGCUUAAGGACACGCAAAAUGUUGGUUAUUGGCUUAAGAGCCCUCUCCACAUUGAGCAUUCUUCUAAGCAGUUGCUUGGAGAGAAUAUGUGGCUUGUUCAUAGUUUAGAAUUGCCUUGA